AUGGUAGACACUUUCACUAAAUACACAAAGCUUUAUCCCAUACGCAAAGCUACUAGCGAAAUGGCAGUAAGAAAAAUCGACGACUUCAUAAAAGACAUAGGGAUGCCACCAAAAGUACUCUCAGACAGAGGUACACAAUUUACCAGUCAUCGAUGGAGAGAGGCACUUGAAGAGCGAGGGAUCCAGACGAUACUAACAUCUAUACGUUAUCCACAGGCUAAUAUGGUGGAAAGAGUAAACAGAGAACUGGCGCGACUCUUCAGAACUCUUUUAAAGCCCGAAGAACAUGGAAAAUGGUAUGCUCAGUUUGAAAACAUUGAAGCCAUCAUUAACGAGUCAUACCAUGACACAACGGAAGACACGCCUCAUGAGGCGCUAUGGGGCCGAAGACCCAAACGGUGA